AUGGCCGGUCUUACGCCGAUUAACCCCUUUGUUUACAACGUGUCGCCAUCUCGAGUUAUCUUCGGCUCGGGGUCUAUCAAGAAGCUUGCAGAAGAACUUCAACGUCAAAAUCUUAGUAACCCACUUUUGCUGUCCACCCCUCAGCAAGUCUCACAGGUUGAGGAUUUGUCAAAGCAACUCAAUGGCAAAAUCGCGGGCAUUUUUUCGGAGGCCACUAUGCACACUCCAUCUCACAUAACAGAAAAGGCUCUCAGCUAUACCAGCGAGGUGAAAGCAGACUCCGUUGUGAGCAUAGGAGGAGGGAGCACCAUUGGGUUGGGUAAGGCUAUUAGUAUCAGAACUGGAUUGCCUCACAUUUGCAUUCCGACGACAUACGCAGGUUCUGAGAUGACGCCGAUCCUUGGAGAGACGGAGAAUGGUCUGAAAAAGACGAGGAGUGAUCCAAAGAUUCUGCCAGGCGUGGUCAUUUAUGAUGUGGAUCUGACCAUGACUCUACCAACAAGCAUGAGUGCCACCAGUGGCGUUAACGCAAUUGCUCAUUCUGAAAGCAUAAGAAGUCUUGCUGUUUCGCUUCCUAUCAUCGUUCGGGACCCGGCCAACACCGCAGCACGCACGUCAGCUCAAUAUGGAGCAUGGCUAGCAGGACUUUGCCUAGGAUCCGUAGGCAUGGGACUUCACCACAAGCUCUGCCACACGCUCGGUGGCUCUUUCAACAUGCCACACGCCGAGACCCAUACCAUCGUUCUACCUCACGCCAUCGCUUUCAACGCGCCCUACAUUCCAGAAAUAUUAAAAGCCCUUGCUAAGGCCUUACCCGAAAGCAAUGGAGAUGCCAUUGCUGGCUUGAAUAUCUUGCUGGAAAGUUUGAAAGUGGAAAGGAGUCUGAAGGCGUUUGGGUUCAAGGAGGAAGAUAUCGAAAAGGCGGCCGAGAUUGCUUGUGCUAAUAAGUAUCCGAACCCAAGGGCGGUCGAAAAGGGUCCGAUACAGGAAUUGAUACGUAGAAUUUGGGCAGGUGAACCAGCGAAGGCGAAUCUAUAG